GAAUUUACAUUAUUCUAGCAAUCAACUAAAAAUUUACAUAAAAGUACUCUCUCUCUAAGGUGAAAGCAGCAAACAAUGGCAGCCUCAACGUGUUCUUCUUCCGCCAUUUGCAAUCCCCCAAAGCUUCCCAAACUCCCUUUUUCUUCGUCUUCAUCUUCAUCUUCGACCUCCGUUUCCCAAUUGUCCUUCAAGUUUCGUAAAAUUACUUCCCGUGCCACCAGGACCUCCAUCUCCUGCACCCUCAUCCGCGACUCAGUAAUGCAGGACCUGCCUCCGACUCUAGAUCUUCCCCGACCCGAUUCCUUUGGGCGUUUCGGUAAGUACGGUGGCAAGUACGUCCCUGAAACUCUCAUGUACGCGCUCACCGAGCUCGAAACCGCCUUUCAAUCCCUCGCUGGCGACGAAGACUUUGAGAGAGAAUUGAAUGGGAUUUUGAAGGACUAUGUUGGUCGGGAGAGUCCUCUCUAUUGCGCAGAGCGGUUGACUGAGCAUUACAAACGUGCUGAUGGGAAAGGACCUCAUAUUUAUCUGAAGAGGGAAGAUCUCAAUCACACUGGUGCUCAUAAAAUCAAUAACGCCGUAGCCCAAGCUUUGCUUGCCAAGCGUCUGGGCAAGAAACGUAUCAUUGCUGAGACUGGUGCUGGUCAGCAUGGAGUUGCCACUGCCACUGUAUGUGCUCGGUUUGGCUUGGAAUGCAUCAUCUAUAUGGGUGCCCAAGAUAUGGAUAGACAAUCACUUAAUGUUUUCAGAAUGCGGCUUCUUGGGGCUGAGGUGAGGGCAGUCCAUUCUGGGACAGCCACAUUGAAGGAUGCUACAUCAGAAGCUAUAAGGGACUGGGUGACUAAUGUGGAGACAACCCACUAUAUUUUGGGCUCUGUUGCUGGGCCUCAUCCGUAUCCCAUGAUGGUCAGGGAGUUCCAUAAAGUGAUUGGUAGAGAAACAAGAAAACAAGCACUAGAGAAAUGGGGUGGAAAACCUGAUGUGCUGGUAGCAUGUGUUGGUGGCGGUUCAAACGCCAUGGGACUAUUCCAUGAGUUUGUUGAAGACAAGGAAGUUAGGUUGAUUGGUGUUGAGGCAGCUGGUUUUGGAUUGGACAGUGGUAAGCAUGCUGCAACAUUGACCAAAGGUGAAAUUGGUGUGUUGCAUGGUGCUAUGAGCUACCUACUACAGGAUGAUGACGGACAGAUAAUUGAGCCUCAUUCUAUUAGCGCAGGCUUGGAUUACCCUGGGGUUGGACCUGAGCACAGUUUUCUCAAGGAUAUUGGACGUGCUGAAUACCAUAGUGUUACUGAUGAUGAAGCAUUGGAAGCUUUUAAAAGGCUAUCUCGGCUAGAGGGCAUUAUCCCAGCUUUGGAGACUUCUCAUGCACUUGCUUACUUGGAAAAGUUGUGCCCAACUCUCCCAGAUGGAACCAAAGUAGUACUCAAUUGCAGUGGUAGAGGGGAUAAGGAUGUUCAUACAGCCAUCAAGCAUUUGCAGGUUUGAUGUUCCAUAUCAAAUGAACCAAAGGGUCAUCUCCGUUUUGAGUAUCCUAGAGCUUUUAUUUCAAGCUCUCCUCUGCUUUAGAUCCUGCGUUUUGAGCAAGUCAGUGAAGCUACUUAGAGGCUGCUUUUCUUUAUUUCUUUCUGGUGGAAAUAUGUCAUUAUUUUUUUAUAGGUAAUGUGAAAAUGCCUUUCUAGUUUCCUUUUAGUUUGUAGUCACAGAGGAUAGGAUGCUUUAUUGUUUCUUUAAAAUAAAGUUCUUUGACAGAAUGCUAUACUUGGCGAUGACCAAACAGAUUUUGUGAUACUAAGUUGAAAUUAUUCUAUCAAGCAUGGAAAGAUUUUUUUA